CUGCUGCCGCACCUCUGCUGCAUCCCCUAAGGCAGCUUAUGGGACCCUCCCCUGGGCGCCUCUGCCCCAGGACAUGCUGCAUGGGAUGGCAAUGACACGUGGAAAGAAGAGACCCAUGUCCCCCAUCCCUUGCCUCAUCCUCGCAGCCGCUAGCUGCCUUGCCAGACUGAGUGAAUCCCUGCAGGUCACUGUGCAACCUGCCUCCAUUGUCCAAAAGCUUGGGGGCCCAGUCAGCCUGGGGUGUGUGGUGGACCCCCCCAGAGUGAACCUCACCUGGAGACUGAACGGCAAGGAGCUGGCGGGGUCGGACGAGGUGCUGGGUAUCCACAUCGAGCGAGGGAAACUCAUCAUCGCAGCUCUCAACAACCACACCGUGGGGCGGUACCAGUGCAUUGCUCGUGUGCCCGAAGGGGUCAUUGCCAGCGUCCCUGCAGUGGUCACGUUAGCUAAUCUCAAAGAUUUCAAGUUCGACGGCCAGCAUGUGAUCGAGGUGGACGAAGGGAACACAGCUGUGAUCGCCUGCGACCUGCCCGAAAGUCACCCCAAGGCUCAGGUCCGCUACAGCGUGAAGCAGGAGUGGCUCGAGGCCUCCCGAGACAAUUACCUUAUCAUGCCAUCCGGGAACCUUCAGAUCGUCAAUGCCAGCCAAGAGGAUGAGGGGACUUAUAAAUGUGCUGCUUACAACCCCGUAACACAGGAGGUGAAGACCUCGGUCUCCAGUGAGAGGCUCCGUGUGAGACGCUCCACAGCAGAGGCAGCCCGGAUAAUCUACCCGCCCGAAGCUCAGACCAUCAUCGUCACCAAGGGCCAAAGCCUCAUCCUGGAGUGCGUGGCCAGCGGGAUCCCCCCGCCGCGGGUCACCUGGGCCAAAGACGGCUCCAGCGUCUCCGCGUACAACAAGACACGCUUCCUGCUCAGCAACCUCCUGAUUGACCCCACGAGUGAGGAGGACUCGGGGACCUACAGCUGCACGGCUGACAACGGGGUUGGGGAGGCUGGAGCUGCGUUCAUCUUCUACAACGUGCAGGUGUUCGAGCCCCCGGAGGUCACCAUGGAGCUGUCGCAGCAGAUCAUUCCCUGGGGCCAGAGCGCCAAGUUCACCUGCGAGGUGCGAGGGAACCCCCAGCCCUCUGUGAUGUGGAAGCCCCGUGUGGCCAAGGCCUGUUCUCGGAGAGGCCCCAGAGCUACCCUCAACCCUGGGCGAGAUGCCCAGCUGGGCUCGGCUCAGCCUCCGACACCGCCUUCCAGGGACAGUGCCUUAAAGCUGCCCCUGGAUAAAGCUGUACUGCCAAAGCCUGGGACGACCCCGCUGGCAGCGUCUCCACAGUGUGCAGCCAACAGGGAGCUGGUGUCUCCAGCCGAGGCCCCCAUCAUCCUCAGUUCUCCCCGGACAUCCAAGACGGACAGCUAUGAUCUGGUGUGGAGACCCCGGGCUGACAGAGGAGCCCCCAUCCUCUAUUACGUCGUGAAGCAUCGCAAGCAGGUCGCCAACGCCUCGGACAGCUGGGUGGUGAGGGACGUCCCAGCCUCGCAGCAUCGCCUGACCCUCACCAGGCUGGACCCUGGGAGCCUCUACGAGGUGGAGAUGGCUGCUCACAACUGCGCCGGCGAGGGACAGACGGCCAUGGUGACCUUCCGCACUGGCCGGCGCCCAAAGCCAGAGAUUGUUGCCAGCAAAGAGCAGCAAAUCCAGAGGGACGACCCGGGCACGAGCACUCAGAGCAGUAACCAGUCUGACAACAGUCGUCUGUCCCCUCCAGAGGCACCAGACCGUCCAACCAUCUCCAUGGCAUCAGAGACUUCUGUGUACGUGACCUGGAUCCCCCGUGGGAAUGGCGGGUUCCCCAUCCAGUCUUUCCGUGUGGAAUAUAAGAAACUGAAGAAGCUGGGAGACUGGGUUCUGGCCACCAGUGACAUUCCUCCCUCUCGCCUCUCUGUGGAAAUCCCAGGCCUGGAGAAAGGCACAUCCUAUAAAUUCCGUGUCCGGGCACUGAACAUCCUGGGAGAGAGUGAGCCCAGCGCAGCGUCACGGCCAUAUGUGGUGUCUGGGUACAGCAACCGGGUCUACGAGCGCCCUGUGGCCGGGCCGUACAUCACCUUCACAGACGCCAUCAACGAGACGACCAUCAUGCUAAAGUGGAUGUAUAUCCCAGCCAGCAACAACAACACUCCCAUCCAUGGUUUUUACAUCUACUACCGCCCCACUGAUAGCGACAACGACAGCGACUACAAGAAGGAUGUGGUGGAAGGAGACCGGUACUGGCACUCCAUCAGCCACCUGCAGCCGGAGACCUCGUAUGACAUUAAGAUGCAGUGCUUCAACGAGGGUGGUGAAAGCGAGUUCAGCAACGUGAUGAUCUGUGAAACCAAAGCUCGGAAGUCUCUUGGUCUGCCAGGUCGUCUCCCGCCCUCAACAGUGCCCCCCCAGCAGCACCCCCCACUCAGCGGUGGGCACGGUGGCCUGGGGACAGGAGCCAUGGUGGCUCGUUCCAGCGACUUGCCAUACUUGAUUGUAGGCGUCGUGCUGGGCUCUAUCGUACUUCUCAUCGUGGCCUUCAUCCCAUUUUGCCUUUGGAGGGCCUGGUCCAAGCAGAAGCAAACCAUCGACAUGGGCUUCCCAGGAGCUGGGCUGCUGGUAUCAUCCUGCCAGUACACCAUGGUGCCUCUGAGGGGCAUCUCUGCUCCUCGUGCCAGCGGACAUCCCUAUGUUAAUGGGCAGCCCUACGCCAAUGGGGCACAUCUGAAUGGCAUCUGCCCCGCUGCAGGAGUGGGCUAUGCAAGCACCAAGCCCCGAGAUUACAGCCCAGAUGAAGUGCCACAGUCACACGAGGAGACCAACGCCUUGCUGCAGGGGAGAGUGCUGCGAAACAGGAGUGCCCAGCAGGACUCCAGAUUGCCCAGCUCAAGAACAGAAGACAGCUCUUUCCUCUACAGUCUCCCGGACGAUUCCACUCACCAGCUUCUUCAGCCACAAGACGACUGUCCUCACCUUCAAGAGCACUUUGUUGGCCUCCAUCAUCCAGUGAUGGGCAGCAAAGUGGGGGGCCCUAGCCUGGAUGGUCGACGGGAUCCUCUGUUCCACCAAGGAAACGCCUGCUGCCUAGGCCUGGUGCCAGUUGAAGAGGUGGAAAGACCAGACUGCUGCCAGUCCAGAGGAGAUCUCCAUCCCCAAAAUCCAGUGAUCACAUCUUUGGGUCAGACCCUACCAAGACAUCUGAACAGCAGCCCGCCACCCCUGAGGCCCUUAGAGACUCAUGCUCCCGCCAGCUAGGGACCAAACUGCCUUUUGCAAAAGACUUAUUC